UUGAGGCGCCUGCGGGGUAGAAUACCGGAGCUUCGAAAGGUUCGGACACAGGAACGUCCUGGGAGGGGCUGAUGCGCCCCGAGUGGGAGCUUCCCGCUCGAGGCUCCGCCCCCCCGAGCAUGCUGGCGUGAUUGAGGUGGCUUUGGCUACACCUUCACUUUGGAGCUCGGUGCGCUAGAGAGAGUACCAUGGCCGCUACUUCCCGGGAACCUGAGGUCUGUGCGCUGUUGGAAGAGGCGCGGAAGGUCUUCCAGAAGGAGUUUGGCUGUGAACCCACCCUGGCCGUGUCUGCCCCUGGGCGGGUCAACCUGAUCGGGGAGCAUACGGACUACAAUGAUGGCCUGGUGCUGCCCAUGGCUCUGGAGCUGGUGACAGUGAUGGUAGGAAUUCCACGGUUGGAUGGCCUCAUCUCUCUUGUGACAACUUCAGAGCAUGCUGAUGAGCCAAAGCUGGUAGAGUUCCCAGUACCCACUGCAGAGCAGCCUCUGGAACCUGGGUUGCCUCAUUGGGCCAACUAUGUGAAGGGGGUGAUACAGUAUUACCCAGCAUCUGGUCCCCUCCCUGGUUUCAAUGCAGUGGUGGCCAGCUCAGUGCCUCUAGGGGGUGGACUGUCCAGUUCUGCAUCCCUGGAAGUGGCAACUUAUACCUUCUUGCAGCAGCUUUGCCCAGCCUCUGGGGCAGCAGCCAUGCCUGCCCACGUGUGUCAGCGGGCAGAACACAGUUUCGCGGGGGUGCCCUGUGGCAUCAUGGACCAGCUCAUCUCACUGUUCGGGCAGAAGGGCCACGCACUGCUCAUUGACUGCAGGUCCCUAGAAACACACCCGGUGCCCUUGUCAGACCCAGGGGUAGCCUUGCUCAUUACCAACUCCAAUGUUCGUCACUCACUCGGUUCCUCUGAAUACCCUAUACGUCGACAUCAGUGUCAAUCAGCUGCCAAGGCACUGGGCAAGAAGAGUUUGAGAGAAGUAGACAUGAAAGACCUAGAGGCUGGGAAGGAGCUGCUGACCAAGGAGGAAUACCGGCGGGCACGGCACGUUGUUAGUGAAAUUCAGCGCACAUCGGAGGCCGCAGCUGCUCUGAGCACAAAUAACUACAAAGUUUUUGGCCAACUUAUGGUGGAAAGCCACAACUCCCUGAGGGAUGACUUCGAAGUGAGCUGUCCUGAGCUGAAUCAGUUGGUGACGCUGGCCCUUGAGGUACCCGGAGUGUACGGCAGUCGCAUGACUGGAGGCGGCUUUGGCGGCUGUACAGUCACUCUCCUGGAGGCAGGGGCAGCGACAAGAGCCAUGCAGCAUAUCCAGGAACAAUACAAAGGGACUGCCACCUUCUACCUCUCGAAAGCAGCAGAUGGGGCCAAGGUGCAACCUUUGUGAAGAGUCAUUGUCGAGAGAAGUACAAGCUAGACAUCUCAUACCCGAGAGGGCCUUCCCCUGGGUGGGCAGUGGAUGAUGAUGGGGGAAGCUGUCUGUGUUAUGAGCCAUUAAAUCACAAAUAGAUUUCAGCA